AUGACGCAGACAACAGUAACGCCACAAUCAAAUGGCGCAAAUAACACUACGAUUAAGCAUGAAGGAUUCCUCACAAAGGAAGGUGGAGGCUUCAAGAGUUGGAAGCGUAGAUGGUUCAUUCUGAGACAUGAUGAUCUCUCUUACUUCAAGUCCAAGGGUGACGCAGCACCAUUGGGAGUGAUCCAUUUGAAUACUGUAGGUCACAUAAAGACAUCGGAUAGGAAGAAGAAGUUGCAUGGAUUUGAGGUGCAGACACCAUCGCGCACUUACUUUAUCACAGCAGACACGGACGCCGAUCGCAACAAGUGGAUCGACGUGCUGACGGUGCAGCGUGAUCUGCUGCUCAACGGCAACAAGCCAAAGAAGCCAGAGAAGGUGGGCGUGCACGACUUUGACCUGCUCAACCUGGUGGGCAAGGGCAGCUUUGGCAAGGUGAUUCAGGUGCGCAAGAAGGACACGGGCGAGAUCUACGCCAUGAAGGUGCUGUCCAAGAAGCACAUCGUCGAGCACAACGAGGUGGAGCACACGCUGUCCGAACGUAACAUCCUGCAAAAGAUCAACCAUCCCUUCCUCGUCAACCUCAACUACUCGUUCCAGACCGAGGACAAGCUCUACUUCAUCCUGGACUUUGUCAAUGGUGGCGAGCUCUUCUACCAUCUGCAGCGCGAGAAGCGCUUCAGCGAGGAGCGUGUGCGCUACUACGGCGCCGAGAUCGUCCUGGCCCUCGAGCAUCUCCAUCUGUCGGGCGUCAUCUACCGCGACCUCAAGCCCGAGAACCUGCUGCUCACCAACGAGGGACACAUCUGCAUGACCGACUUUGGUCUGUGCAAGGAGGGCCUUAACUCGCCCACGGACAAGACCGUCACGUUCUGUGGCACGCCAGAGUACCUGGCGCCAGAGGUGUUGCAGGGCAACGGCUACGGCAAGCAGGUGGACUGGUGGUCAUUCGGCUCGCUGCUCUAUGAGAUGCUCACGGGCCUGCCCCCAUUCUACAGCCAGGACGUGCAGGAGAUGUACCGCAAGAUCAUGGGCGAGCGUCUCGCUUUCCCCGGCCACAUCUCACCAGACGCCAGAUCGUUGCUCGAGAUGCUUUUGGAGCGCGAUCCCGAGAAGCGUCUGGCCGACCCAAACAUCAUCAAGCGACAUCCAUUCUUCAAGGCCAUCGACUGGGAGCUACUCUUCCAAAAGAAGAUCCCUCCACCCUUUAUCCCCGUGGUCAAGGGCAAUGCCGACACAUCACAAAUCGAUCCAGUCUUUACCGAUGAGGCGCCAUCCUUGACCAUGGCCGGUGAGAGUGCAUUACAUCCAUCACAACAAAAAGAUUUCGAAGGUUUUACAUAUGUUGCAGAUCCUGAACAUUUGAUGAAACAAUGA